AUGUCUCCCCUCCGCGUCACACCUCGACGAUUUGAUGUCUCCCCUCCGCGUCACACCUCGACGAUUUGUUCUCUCUCUCCAGUCAGCUCUGGAUGCUUUGUUCUCACUUACUCUCCCGUCAUCUCACCACGCUUUGAUCUGUCCCUCUAUCCACAUCCUCAUGCUUCUGGUCCCCUUUCUCCCUCUCUAUCCACUUCUCCACGAUUUGUUUUCUCUUUCUCUCUCUCAUUCUGUCCACUUCUGCACGUUUUGAUCUCUCUCUCUCCACCUCUCAACGCUGUUCUCUCUCUCUUGUCCACCACUCCAUGUUUUAUUCUCUUUCUCUCUAUCCCCCUCUUCGUGCUUUGUCCUCUCUCUGUCCCCACCCUCUUCGUGCAUUGUCCUCUCUCUGUCCCCCCCCCUCUUCGUGCAUUGUCCUCUCUCUGUCCCCCCCCUUCGUGCUUUGUCCUCUCUCUGUCCCCCCUCUUCGUGCUUUGUCCAAUCUCUCUGUCCCCCCCUCUUCGUGCUUUGUCCUCUCUCUGUCCCCCCCCCUCUUCGUGCUUUGUCCUCUCUCUGUCCCCCCUCUCUUCUGUUUGUCCUCUCUCUGUCCCCCUCUCUUCGUGCUUUGUCCUCUCUCUGUCCCCCCUCUUUCGUGCUUUGUCCUCUCUCUGUCCCCCUCUCUUCGUGCUUUGUCCUCUCUCUGUCCCCCCCUCUCCGUGCUUUGUCCUCUCUCUGUCCCCCCCCCCCAUCUUCGUGCUUUGUCCUCUCUCUGUCCCCCCCCCUCUUCGUGCUUUGUCCUCUCUGUCCCCCCCCUCUUCGUGCUUUGUCCUCUCUCUGUCCCCCCCCCUCUUCGUGCUUUGUCCUCUCUCUGUCCCCCCCCCUCUCUUCGUGCUUUGUCCUCUCUCUGUCCCCCCUCUUCAGAAAACUUUGUCCUCUCUGUCCCCCCCUCUUCGUGCUUUGUCCUCUCUCUAUCUCUCUAUUUAUUUCUCCAUGCUUUGUUCUCUCUCUCUCUAUCCACUUCUCCAUGCGAUAUCUCUCCCUCUCGUCUACACCACACACUUUGUUUUCUUUCUCUCUCUCUCAUCCCAACCCUUGGUAUUCUAUCGCUAUCCACCACCCCAUGCUUUCUUCUCUCAAUCUGGUCACCUCUCAACGUAUUCUCUCUUUCCCUCUCUCGUCACCUCUCCACAUUUUGUUUUCUCUCUGUGGCGGACAUGA